GAAAAGGUUGGGGGAUAAGAGUUCUCUACGUUUUUUACCGAGUAAAGAGAGUUGGGAAUUCAUCAGCAGAAGCACCCGAAGACAUCGUCUCCGCGUACAGUAAAGCAAAACCAUAGUCCAUAUAGCAGAUCACACACACAACACCAAGAACACGCAUUGCGUGUAUUUUGACUUGUGUGUGAUGAUUUGGUGAAAGCAAUAUUUCCCAUUUAUAGCUCAUUUCUUUUCUGGCAGAAUGGCCAUUGGUUCUCUAAAUCUUUUAUAAUUUGUUGGAUUCGAAUAUUGUAAAUCUGGCAAAUUUAGGGGGAGGGGUGAAUUUGAGGCCGCGCUUGUCGUUGAAACAAGCCAUUUGGGAGGCCGGAGACGACGAGCAGAAGAGUAGACCCUGGCGUAAGAAGCUCUCUAUGGCAUUCAAUUGGAUCUCUCUUUUCAGAUUCAUCCUUCUUCUUUUCCUCAUCACUGUCAUUACCAUCGUUUGCCUCACUCUUCCUGUUGAAAAGAUUUUGAAAAAUUUCUUGAUAUGGGUCAAAGAAGACUUGGGUCCUUGGGGUCCUCUUAUGCUGGCUCUUGCCUAUAUUCCUCUCACAGUAUUGGCUGUUCCAGCUUCAGUACUUACAUUAGGUGGUGGUUAUCUGUUUGGUCUGCCUGUGGGUUUUUUCGCUGAUUCUAUUGGUGCUACAAUGGGGGCUGCUGCUGCAUUCCUUCUCGGUAGAACUAUUGGGAGGUCAUUUGUCAUUUCCAAAUUAAAAGAUUACCCACAGUUUCGUGCAGUUGCGAUUGCAACUCAAAGAUCUGGCUUUAAGAUUGUUUUGUUGCUCCGGCUCGUUCCUUUACUUCCUUUCAACUUGCUGAACUACCUUUUGUCGGUGACAUCCGUUCCAAUUGGGGAAUAUGCACUCGCAACAUGGCUGGGAAUGAUGCCAAUUACUUUUGCACUGGUGUAUGUCGGAACAACUUUGAAGGAUCUUUCUGAUGUAAGUCAUGGGUGGAGUGAAUUUUCAAAAUCCCGUAUGGCAUUCAUUGCCUUGGGCUUCCUAGUGUCUGUGACUUUAAUGGUUUCUGUUACAAGGGUUGCAAAGGCUGCUCUAGAAAAAGCAUUAGCUGAAAAUGACGAUGUUGAUGACAUAUUGACAUCGACUAAACUUCCCGUCAUGGCAGAUCCUCAUGGAGAUAUCCACCAGUCUCUUAUAAUCAAGAUAGACCAACAAGCAUUAAAUUCCGCGUAAAAUCUGUACUAGUCUUUUUUUCUUUUUCUUUCAUACUUGUGACGAUUUGGCAUCUUUUUAGGCGAUGCACGAGAUUCUUACGUAUAGUCAGGUUAUACUAACACAUGUAGUUUGGGUAGAAAUGUAUCACUAUAAAGUCAUAUUGAUUUGGAAAGGCUUUCAGUUAAAUAAAAAGUGAGGAGCAAACUUAGUUGGGAGCCCCUGCUGUAAUGUGAGUUUGUAUAUAGAAAGUAGAAAGGCAUUGUAUUUGAAUUGAAAAAAUAGAGCUUUGCAAUCUAUUGAUUUUGAGAAUUCAGCAUUUUGUUGAAAA